AUGGCUGCUCAUCUCGGGUCCAUAGCCGUGGAAGCAUCGAAAACCAGGCGUCGUCUGCAGGAACUAUGUCUCGACAUUGCGACAAGAGCACAGUCAGCUGGUCUCCCUGACCGCGUGGAAAUUGACCCUCAGGACCUCACAGAUUGUCUUGAUCAAUUCAAUAUCUGGGCAGGGAGCUUAUGUGUAUCUCAGCGAGGCGAAGCUUCGUUGGAUUUCCGCAUAUCAGGAGGGGGUCUUGCUCAAGAGGUCCUCCGACUACUACAUCAGCUGUACUUUUUCACUUCAGAGUUGCAAGCAAUUGUUAACGGCAGCCGGGGGCAAACAACAUGGACUAAAGAGUCUCUGCAUAAUUCCUCUGACGAAUCCAGUGACUUGGUUGAUUCUAGCGACGAGGAGAUCGGGGGGAUUCUUACACCUAGAGAUGUCGAGGAUGAUGAAAACCGCGGCAUCUUCACCGAGGCGAACGAUUUAGUUCUUUCUGUCAACUAA